AUGCCGAAAAGAAAUAGUGCAGCCGGGUCCUCGCACGAAGACCGGGAAAAUAGAAGGCUCUGGAAGCGAGCUGAGCGGGUGGAAAAUGCUCUUAAUGAAGAAAGCGGGAAAGAUGGCAUAGCUGCAGAUGGAUUUCGAGUUUUCGCAACACCGGACAAACCAGCAAUCAUUUCGUGCAGCACUGCGAGUAAGAACCUAACAAAAUUUACAUGGCGGAAAAAGAUGCAGAGAAAAUCACCCCAAGGAGUGGGAAAUUGUGGGAAAUGUUACAACCAGUCCUACUGGAUCAACGAAACUUACACGAUGGAGCUUUACUUUACAAGCGUCAAACCCGAAGACUAUGGAGAUUACAGAUGUACGGCAGAAAAAUUCGAUGGCUUCGUUUGGGAUCACGUCGAGAUCGUAAAAUACCAAACUGAUCGGAUCUGGACUGUCGGAGUGCUUGAACCAGAAUCCAUCCAUAUAAAAUGGGAAAUGCACGGUUUUUUGAACGGGUAUCACGAAUCAUUCGAAAUUGCAUACAGGCAAAGUGGUACGGAUGAAUGGCUCCAGACACUACUACUUUCCACUCCGGAGCGAGUUCGUUACGCAGGUUCCUUCCGCAUCGAUGCAUUGAAACCUAAUACCGUCUACGAAGUCAAGGGCAUUAUAGACAGAAAGUCUCGUUUCUCACUUCGAAAGAUUUUCUCAAGAUGGAACGAGGUUGAGGUGUACGAACGUCAAUUUCACAGCGUCCGAGAAACCUUAGUUCGUUCGAAGUAGGCUUCGACGUUCGAAAAAGACGUGAAAUAUGUUCCAACUGUGAGGAUCGUGAAUAAAACCACGGACACCGUAACGAUCGGAUGGUCGCAGCCACCGCCAGAGCUCCGGCAAAGCAUCAACGCCUAUCUGAUAUUAGUGGAAGGCGGCAACGAGAAGGAAAAACAUUUUCGUUGGCAGAAGUUUAAGGCUGAUGAAGGUGAUGAAGCAAUCGUCCGCCUUUCGCCUUUGAUCAGCUACGAUCUGGUGGUGCGACCUUGUUUCGGGGAUUUCUGCCCGGACCGACGUGCCAGUGUCGUCAUGAAAGGCGUGACGACCAACGAUACAGUUGGCAGAAAACAAUUACGAGCGAGACAAGAAUCGCAAUCCGACACGAAGUCUUCGGUGCUGACAAUAAAGGUGACUAGAGAUGCAGAAAAUACUGCACCAGGCAGCGACGCCUCCUUCACCUGCAGCAUCAGUGUUCAGGGAUACGAGGGUUGGUGGAUGACGGAGGGGGAACGCGUCACUUCUUUCGGUGAUACUGACGGUCAGGUCAACUGGACUUUGAUUGUCGGAGACGCUGAGGGAGAAAGAAGUCACGACUACACCUGCGUGGCGAAGAUGAUCAAGGAUUCGCACGCUGGUGAAAGAAUGCUCGUCACGGUGAUUCCGCCCGCAGAAGAAUUGAUUGUAGGAGCUGAAAUCGCAUAUGCGAAACGGCGCGAGCCGACAGCACUGUUGUGCGAUUUCUUCGGAUACCGACGAUCGAUCUUCAAGUGGCGAGAGGUCUUACGGAAAAGGGGAAUACAUUUCCACAGCGUCUCCGUUACAUCGAAUGUCAACAAAACUCACGUCAAGAUGAUGCUGUAUACUGCGGGAAUCUUGUACGGAUACACUGGUAUUUACGAAUGCCAGGCAACGAAUGACAGAAUGUCGAAUAUCGUAGGUUUCGUUGAACUCCAAUGCUCCGACGAAUCGCCAUCACAAUUGAGCGCCAGUGUCAUCGGGUCGAAGCUCGUUCACUUACACUGGUUUGACAACAACAUCCGAGGAGACACGCAUCUGAUACGAUUUUCGAAAAACGGUUCUCUUGAACGAGAAAAUGUAUUCUCGGUGCGAGUUGAAGAGGGCAGGGAUUAUAAGCGAUACGUUGUGAGGCACAUGACAUGCGGCAUUUCCUAUUGGUUCGAACUUGUUGUGAUCAGCGCGGGAAGAAGACUGGCAAGCACUUACUCUGGGUUUAUCACGCCCUCGGAAAGAGACUUUCCGUAUUUUCCAAACAUCACUGUGACAUCGAAGACGACAAAUUCUAUAAUUAUCGAAUGGCCAAGCCCACCACAAGGGCUACGCGCUCACAUACAGCUGUAUCGUAUAUCAGUCAACUAUACGUACGACGGAACAGAAAUUGUUGAUUCUAAACAUACUACGGCAACUUAUCACAACUUUUAACAACUUCAUCCAUCAACCAGCCACGACUUGGAAGUACGAGCCUGCUUCAACGACUUGAGUACGGAUUGUUAUUCGAGUGACGUGCGGAGCGGAGUUUUCACAGAAAGCGUAGAAGUGGAAUCCAGGACCCAAGUUGAAAUAUGGCUACCUCUUACGGGAAUUCCCUUCCUCUUCGCCAUUCUGGGAGCCUGGCGUUUUUACAAGAAGGCUCAGAAGCAAAGGAUGUUAAGAGAACGACUUGCAUAUUUCUACACCGAGAAUCCUACUUCUUUCAAUCCGGAACUUUUCAUGAAUGAUCAGGCAGAUUUAUUGCCCUACGAAAAGGAAUGGGAAUUUCCACGAAAGCUUUUGAGACUUGACGAGGAACUGGGAAGAGGCUCGUUUGGAAUAGUCUGGAAAGCCAGGGCGAAAACGAUCCGUCGACCCGAGGCGAUUUCGGUGGUUGCAGUCAAGACGGUCCGACCGACAGCCAGCUUGCGCUGCAUGAAAGCUCUUCUUCGCGAACUCAAAAUUCUCGUCUAUCUCGGUCACCAUCCGAACAUCGUCAGCCUCCUCGGUGCCUGCACCAAGAAUCUUGAUUAUGGCCAACUCCUGGUCAUCGUGGAAUUCUGCCGCUUCGGGAACUUGCACGACUACUUGUGGCGCUGCAGGUCAAAGUUCGUCGAUGAAUUGGGUACUGUCUCUGCUGAAAUUCCAGAUUCUAAUUCUGAUGAUGAUCCGAUCGCCGUCAGAAGCCGUAGUAAUACAAACUCAGCACCACGUUGGGAAGAUGCCAUUUUAGCAGUGGAAGAUUUGGGUGGUAGCGCCGAUCAACCGGGUACGAGUGAAGGGGCGGGAAAUUCGGCCACCGGACAGAACUCACAAUUACCGGAACUUGAACCGCCAACCAAGUACCCAGGUGAUUUUACGAAUGCGGAAUUGGAUCCGGUUCGCACGCGAGACUUGGUGUCUUGGGCUUGGCAGAUUUCACGCGAAAUGCAAUAUCUUGCUGCCAAAAAGGUGCUGCACGGUGACUUGGCAGCGAGAAACGUACUGCUUUUGGAGGAUAACGUUGUCAAGAUAUGUGACUUUGGCCUGUCGAAGUCCCUCCAGGAGGACGACCAGUACAAGGACGAGGGAAACGACCCUCUUCCCGUCAAGUGGAUGGCUAUCGAAUCCCUCAGAGACGGAAUAUUUUCGGUAAAAUCUGACGUCUGGUCUUUCGGAGUCUUGUUAUGGGAAUUGUUUUCACUCGCCAAAACUCCUUACCCCGAAAUUAACCCCCAAGACAUGUGCGAAACACUUGUCGGUGGUUAUCGAAUGGAGCGACCCAAGUACUCACCCGAGACUAUCUAUCGGACGAUGCUGCAAUGCUGGGAAGCGAAUCCGUCGAAACGACCCACGUUUGUGGAACUUGAGCACAGCAUCGGUGAUUUGAUGGAGGACAACGUCAAAAUGCAUUAUAUCCAAUUGUAUACUCGACGCGAAAGGGCGUAUGCUCGCAUUACGGAAUUCCGGAAUAAACGGGACCCCGAGAAUCAGGAUCCGAUCCCCCCGGAUCCAACCGAACCGAUGAACGCCAGUCAAGAUGAAACGACCAAAAGACCCCCAUUCCGGAUGCGGUUUAAGCAGUUCUUUUGUCGGAGGUAA